UUAUAGAAGAAGAAGAAGAAGAAGGCAGCAAGCUAGCUAAACAAGCGUGCUGUUACUCGACAAAUUGCCCCGAUAUGACUGCUAUCAGACCGUUCGAGAUGGAGCGGCCAAGACACCGUCCGUUUCUGAUCGGUGUUAGCGGAGGAACGGCCAGUGGCAAGUCAACAGUAUGUGCCAAAAUCAUGGAGUUGCUGGGCCAGAACAAGGUGGACCAUCGUCAGAGGAAAGUUGCUAUCGUCAGCCAAGAUAGUUUCUACAGAGUCUUGACACCUGACCAGAAGGCCAAGGCACUCAAGGGCCAUUACAACUUUGACCACCCAGAUGCUUUCGACAAAGAGUUGAUGUACCAAACCCUGAAGGAUAUUGUGGAGGGGAGUGUGGUGGAGGUGCCGACAUAUGACUUUGUCACGCAUUCCAGGCUGCAGGACAGGAUCACGGUGUACCCCGCUGAUGUGGUUCUGUUUGAGGGCAUUCUGGUAUUCUACUCUCAGGAAGUGAGGGACAUGUUUCACAUGAAGCUCUUUGUGGACACUGACUCUGAUGUCAGGCUGUCCCGCAGAGUUCUGCGGGACAUGAAGAGAGGCAGAGACCUGGAGCAGAUCCUUAACCAGUACACCACGUUUGUCAAGCCAGCCUUCGAGGAGUUCUGUUUGCCUACCAAGAAAUAUGCAGCUGUAAUUAUUCCUCGAGGAGUUGACAACAUGGGUAAGUUAUAGCACUCUGAUGAAGCCUUCAGACUCAUACCCUCUCC